AUGUUAAUAGGAGGAAUAAAUGUAGGGUAUGUGUUGUAUGAUUUGGGAGCCAGUAUCAAUCUCAUGACCCUUUUAAUUUUUAAGAAACUUGGGAUUGGUGAAGCUAGGCCUACCACGAUGAUGCUUCAACUCACUGACAGAUCAAUUACUUACCUAGAAGGAAAAAUUGAAGAUGUUCUAAUGAAAGUUGAUAAGUUAAUAUUUUCGAUAGAUUUUAUUAUUUUGGAUUAUGAAGCUGAUAGGGACAUUUCAAUCAUUCUUGGACGCCUGUUUCUAGUCGUCAUAAAAGUGCUAAUUGAUGUGUACAAAGGGGAAAUAACAGUGUGUGUGGAUAACCAGGAAAUAAAAUUUAAUGUGCUAAAUGCAUUGAAGUUUCCAGACGACGCAGAAUCUUUUCAGCUCAUUGACUCAAUUCAACUAUCUGAGGAAGAGGACCAAGUCUAUGAGGUCCAUGCAUUGAAUGAAAGCACAAGGAAGCUCGAGCUGCUAAGUUUGGAUGAGCAGUAG